CUCGCUGCAGAACUGCCGCUGCGAGCUGAUGACAUCGAGCUCACUUUAGAGCCUCAGAUCACCGGUGGGUUCCAUCUCGUCCUGACCAAAGAUGAAGAAAGAAUAGUAUACGGUCACAUAGGCCGCACCCUCUACUCAGUUUACUCCUCCGAGGAUAUAGAGGGAGGAGUGCUCAUCCACAUAGGUUCAACGAAUCUAACCCUGCUUACCGUGCGAGAUGACGCAGCAGAUGCCAGAGGAAUCAAAAUCAAAUGGGACUCUUAUGAACCGUUGCGAUUCGAAGACUGCUUCGACUUUGGUUCUAAACACUGGUAUGCCGGACCGAUGCAAAUAGAUCAAAUAUAUCCUAUAGAAGGUGCACACCAAAACUACAGCGCCUACGUGUCCAAAGAAUCUGACAACGGGGCGAUAGUCGAGAGAUACUGGCUCAACUCUGACGGCGAAUACAUUUAUGUAAACCCACAAGUUCCAUUAUUUGUGGACUAUAAUUUGAUCCAGCCAAACCAUAUCUGCUUCGGAGCUCAACUUGCAGCCCCAUAUUCAUCAAUGAGAAACCAUACAGAGUUGUCUUACGAUUUCUGGUUCUUACCAGAUGUCAAAAAGGCUCAUCAGCAUGCUGUAACCCAUUAUCUAGGAAAACCUUCUGGGUUGCCAGAUUUUAGAAUGGUCCAGCAUCCUAUCUGGUCUACAUGGGCACAAUACUCCCAAAACAUAACUGGAGAAAAGGUCAUGGAAUACGCAAAACAAAUUGUGGCACAUGGAUUUAAUAAUUCGCAGUUGGAAAUCGAUGAUUUAUGGGAAACUUGCUACGGCACUUUGGAAGUGGAUACAAAUAAAUUCCCGAAUAUGACACACUUGGUUGAGGAGGUUAAGGCCCUAGGGUUCCGGGUGACAAUUUGGGUUCAUCCAUUCAUUAACAGCAACUGUGAUCAGGUUUAUACGGAAGCUCUAAACAAUGGGUAUCUAGUCCUAGACGAGGCCGGCACAGCAGCUGCAAACUGGUGGAAUCCGAACGGCUCUAUCCCUGGCCUUGUGGACUUUACCAAGCCAGCAGCUGCCGAGUGGUGGUACAAACGUGUGAAGAAUCUCAUAGACGCUCACGGCAUUGAUAGCAUUAAGUUUGAUGCUGGAGAGAGCAGCUUUUCUCCACAAAUACCUGUGCAACAAGGUGAUAUUGACUUCCAUCCUCACAACAUCGUAGAUGCUUACGUGAGAACCUGCGCUCGAUUCGGAGACAUGAUAGAAGUUCGAGCUGGAUUCAGGACCCAAGACCUCCCAGUCUUCGUCCGGAUGGUGGACAGAGAUUCCAUCUGGGGUUUGAACAACGGACUCCCCACCAUCGUUACCACAACUCUCCAAAUGAAUCUCAACGGUUAUACCCUCGUCCUGCCUGACAUGAUCGGAGGCAAUGGGUACAACCUCAACCACGAGCAAGCAGACCUGCCCAGCAAGGAGUUGUUCAUACGCUGGGUGCAAGCGAACACGUUUUUACCAGCCAUGCAGUAUUCUUUCGCACCUUGGAAUUUUGACAAUGAGACAGUAGAAAUAAGCAAGAAGUUCACAGACCUACACGCAGAAUACGCGGAAGUGAUAUACGCAGCGAUGCAGGCCUCUGUCGACCAUGGCUCACCAGUCAACCCACCAUUGUGGUGGCUUGAUCCCACCGACGAGGUAGCGCUCACCAUAUGGGACGAAUAUCUCCUGGGUGACAGCAUCUUAGUAGCACCAAUCUUCAUGGAAGGCGUCACAGUCCGAGACGUGUACCUUCCCGUCGGCACGUGGCUCGACCAGGGCGACCCUGAGAAAGUCCAUGAAGGUCCAGUGUGGGUCAAGAACUACCCCGCGCCUAUAGGCGUGCUGCCUUACUUCGUGAGGGAACAGGACUCAGUUCCAGACGCUGCGAGCGCUCCCUGUGCAGUUCUAUUGUUGUUAGCUUUAGGAUUAGCUGCGGUUUUAGUGAAUUCUGACCAGUAG